CUCCUGGUCAAGGACAUGAAGAUCCAGUCCCUGGAGGAGAGCUAUCUGUUCUCCCUGCCCAUCGAGGAGUCUGAGAUUACCGACUUCUUUUUGGGCACAUUCCUUAAGGAUGAGGUUUUGAUCAUGCCAGUGCAGAAGCAGACUUGCGCUGGCCAGUGGACCAGGUUCAAGACUUUUGUCGCCAUUGGGGACUACAAUGGUCGUGUUGGCCUGGGUAUCAAGUGCUUUAAGGCGGUAGCCACUGCCAUUCGAGGGGCCAUCAUCUUGGCCAAGCUCUCCAUUGUCCCUGUCCCGAGAGGCUACUGGGGGAACAAGAUGGGUAAGCCCCACACAGUCCCCUGUAAAGUGACAGGCUGCUGUGGUUCUGUGCUGGUGCACCUUCUUCCUGCCCCCAGGGGCACUGGCACUGUCUCUGUCCCUGUGCCCAAGAAGCUACUGCUGAUGGCUAGUAUUGAUGACUGCCACACUUCAGCCAGGGGCUGCACUGCCACCCUGGGCAACUUUGCUAAGGCCACCUUUGAUGCCAUCUCCAAGACCUAUCUGACCCCUGACCUCUGGAAAGAGACUGUGUUCACCAAGUCUCCCUACCAGGAAUUCACUGACCAUCUUGAGGAAACCCACACAGGAGUCUCAGUGCAGAGGAUUCAGGAUCCAGCUGUGGCUACCACUUAG